UGCGCGGCACAGUCAAGCGGGUGGUCUAGCCUUCUAGGCCGCAGCUCGGUUCAAACGCGAGCCCAUCCACGUGCGCCUCCGCUCAAGGCAGAGGCGGCGAGAUCGAAUCGACCGGAGCGGGAGCGGAGCGCAACUAUGGCGCUGCGUCGGCUGCUGCUUCCCCUCGUCCUCCUCUUCGCUCUGCUGCCGCCGGGCCGCGUGGCCAGCGCGGGCGGUGAUGGAGGGGAGCCAGCGGAGUUCGAGAUCCCCCGGGACGGGACGGUGGUGGAGCUGGAUGAGAGCAACUUCGAUGCGGCGGUGCGCGCCGUGGACUACCUCUUCGUCGACUUCUACGCCCCCUGGUGCGGCCACUGCAAGCGCCUCGCCCCGCAGUUGGAUGAAGCUGCUCCAGUGCUGGCUGGACUAAGCACACCUAUCAUAGUUGCGAAAGUAAAUGCCGACAAGUACAGGAAGCUCGGGUCUAAAUAUGGAGUCGAUGGGUUCCCAACUUUGAUGCUCUUUGACCACGGAGUACCAUCUGAGUACACAGAUUCAAGGAAGGCUGAUUUGCUCAUUGAGAAUCUUAAGAAGCUUGUGGCGCCUGAUGUCUCUGUUCUCGAGUCAGACUCAUCAAUCAAAAGUUUCGUUGAGGCCGCUGGCAUCAAUUUUCCAUUGUUUAUCGGGUUUGGGGUGGAUGAGUCAUUGAUUGCUGAAUAUGGAGCAAAAUACAAGAAGAAAGCAUGGUUUUCAACAGCAAAGGAUUUCUCCGAGGAUAUGAUGGUCUUGUAUGAUUUUGACAAGUUUCCGGCAUUGGUUUCUGUUAACCCAAAAUAUAAUGAGCAGAGUGUGUUCUAUGGUCCAUUUGAAGGAACCUUUCUGGAAGAUUUUAUAAGGCAGUCCCUACUGCCUUUAACCGUGCCUACCAAUAGAGAGACUGUGAAGCUAUUGAAAGAUGAUGGGAGGAAAGUUGUUCUUACAAUUUUGGAGGAUGAGUUGGAUGAAAAUGCACCGCAGUUGGUAAAAGUGUUGAGGUCUGCAGCCAAUGCAAACCAUGAUUUAGUGUUCGGAUUUGUGGGAGUCAAGCAGUGGGAGGAAUUCACUGAGACUUUUGAUGUGAAGGGCUCUCAGCUGCCAAAGAUUAUUGUCUGGGACACAAAAGAGGAGUACGAAGUGGUUGAGGGUUCAGAGAGGCUCGAAGAAGGUGACUAUGGAUCUCAAGUUAGUCGUUUUCUAGAGGGAUAUAGGUCAGGAAAAACAAUAAAGAAGAAUGUGGGCCGUGGCUCCCCAUCACUGCUCGGUCUAAAUGCGAUCUACAUUCUCAUCUUCUUGGUCGCCAUUCUUGUUGCUUUGAUGUAUUUUUCUGGGCAUGGCGAGGAGGAGGAGCGGCCAAGAAGGACCCAUCAAGACUGAGUGCGAUGGACACCACGGCAAUGUUAAAAUCUAGGUCUUUGUUCCUGCGGCUGCAGGGUUAUUUUGAGGGGGGGGGGGGGGGGAUGACAGAUGAGGAAAAUUUCCAGUUCAUCAUCUAACAUGUAUCGAGGAAGAUCAGUUUUAGAUGUUGCUGCAGAGUUGUGAGCUCCCUGUAUUUCUGUUGUGCCAUAGAAAUUUUUUUUGACUUGCACUUGAGAAUCGCUUUUGGUCAAAUUACAAUCUGUUGCAACUUAGUACAAUGCUCGGUUCCUGUAAUUAUUUGGCACUUGUACGUAUAUCUGUUAUAUUUGAGACCUUAAGAGAAACGACUUCUGGAGAUUGAACAUUUUAUCUGUAAAAAAACGACUUCCAG